UGACUUGACUUGGUGGGUUUGCAUUGUGUCCCUCCAAAAUGCUGAGGAGGGGAACGCAAACAGGGACGACUGAGAGAGUAACAGCGCCCACCCUCCUCUCCUGCUCACAUGACUGUGAUUAGAGCCGAGGAGGAGGAGGAGGAGGAGGAGGAAGAGGACGGUGCACCGAAGAGGGAGCAACAUCCAUGCGCUACACAGAUUCUAUCCAGGAGUUAAGCUUGUCUUCCCUCGUCUGCUUCUUUGGGUGUCAGGUAUGAGGCUGCGGCAGUGGUGCAUUAUGGGGGUGACCGUGCUGCUGCUGCUGUGUGAGAUCGCCGUCAGUCAGCUGUGUAAGUCUCUCAUCACCAUGGUGGACGGCUUCCAUACAUUUUUCAUCCUUUUCCACAUGGCUCUCCACCAGACUGAGGGCUUCGUCAAACCUUGCACCCGCUCCUCUGCGCUUGCCUCCUCCUCCUCCUCUUCUUCCUCGGGAGCUCUUCCUCCUCCUCCUCCUUCACAUUCAGGUCCACCUGCCGAACUUCCACCCAGAGCUCAGUCCGCCGGAGAACAGCCCCGCCGAGACCCGGCUGCACCGACUGACUCACAAAAACAUGUUUCCCCAGCAGCUCCGAGCUGCGGCCUGUCGUUCCCCGACAGCAGGAAGCGUGUUGUGGGUGUUUUCAUUUCCCACCUCCUCCUGGUCUCUCUGUGCGUCGCCUACUUCUUGGAAAUCAUGGGGUUCAUAGUGAAGCCCCACCCGGUUCACCACCCGCUGCUGCCUGUGGUGGUUGGAGCGGGGAGUCUGCUCCAUAAGACGCUGCUGUUUGUCCUGGACUGGGAUGAGCUGCUGGAUAAGAAGGCGGGAAGCUGCAGGCGGCGGGCGGAGACACAACCUCGCCUUGAAAUGAACUACAAAGGUGACGGCAGCACAGACACCACGAAACCUCUCCAACAAUGAAAACAAAACGAAUCCUUUUUUUUUUUUUUUUUUUCCCCAUCA